GUAACAAUAAGAGAUUAACGCAAACAAGAUCAAACUGAAUGUUGUUAGCGCUCGGUGAUCUAUUAUACUCCUACCAAGUGAAGAAGCCUUUAGUGUGCAUUCCUGUCCGCUAAUGGAUCGCUACUCCAUCCAGAAGAUAAUAGGUGAAGGAUCUUUUGGACGAGCUUUUUUGGUCCAAACCAACAGCGACAAAGAAAAAUGGGUGAUAAAAGAAAUUCGACUACCAAAGACAGAUGGUGGAGUUAAGAAAACCCAGAGAGAGGCAGUUCUUCUGUCAAGAAUGAAACAUCAGAAUAUUGUUGCUUUCAGAGAGUCAUUUGAAGACGAUGGGCACUUGUACAUUGGUAUGGAGUUCUGUAGUGGAGGAGAUCUCUUCCAGAGGAUACAGCAGCAAAACAGCUCACUGUUCUCAGAGGAUGUGAUACUCAGGUGGUUCGCACAGAUGUGUCUGGGAACAGAGCACAUCCACUAUAAACGGAUACUUCACCGAGACUUAAAAUCAAAGAACAUAUUCCUGACAGAUGAUGGCACAAUCAAACUGGGAGAUUUUGGGUCAGCAUGCACUCUUAACAGUGCAAAAGCUUUUGCUCAGACUUAUGUUGGAACUCCAUACUACGUGUCUCCGGAGAUCUGGGACAACCAACCAUACAACAACAAGAGUGAUAUCUGGUCUUUGGGCUGUGUCCUGUAUGAACUCUGUACUUUACAGCACCCGUUUUUGGCACACAGCUGGAAGAGCCUGAUUAUGAAAGUGUGUCGAGGUGCAUAUGCACCCUUACCGAAGCAUCUUUCAUAUGAGCUUCACUACCUGAUUAAACACAUGUUUAAAACCAACCCCAGAGACCGACCUUCUAUACACACUAUUCUCAACUCCCAUCGUGUUUCCAGACUGCUCCGCAAACACGUGGGUCAACAGGAUAAAGGCAAGGAACUACCAGCAAACCACUGGAGAAAAGAGGAAGGAGAGAAAGUGGCCUUGUGUCUGGGUCAGAAGAGCUUAUUAACCACAUCAACCACAACUGAAGAGAGUCAGACAGCUAUCCAAGGUCCCAGGAAGAGAUGGGCGAAAGGACCCUCCAACACAGUGCUGCAGGUCCUCGGAAAUGCUGACAUCAUUUCCUCUGGUGGUACAGAAAGCAUGGAGGGGUCUGACUCCACAUCAGGAGCAGUUGAGGUGUUUAGAAAAACAAACAAGAGGGAGAGAAGAAAAUGGGACAAAGGUCCUCCUGAAAGACUAUUGAGCCUCCUGGAGAAAGCUCCCCUUACCUCAGCUUUCCAGACCUACACUAUUCACAGAGCUGAACCAAGUGAUGACGCUCCAGAUGGCCCGGAAGAAGUUCACCCAGACAAGAGCAGACUGGAACCGCGAUCAGAUGAUGAGGACACGGAUUUCGAGGAGGAUUGUUCUUACGACUGGGUAGAUGAACUUGAGAAAAUGACCCAGGAACACUAGAAAUGUAUUAAAUCAUUCCAAUGAAAUUUUGUCUGUAUUUAAAUAUGCACUCACCUUUUCAUUUAUUAUUACACCUGUCUGGUACACUGUUUUUGGAAAAGUUGGGACAUUUUGUAAA